AUGGUUCGAAUAAUUAUCAAAGGAGGUGUUUGGAAGAAUACUGAGGAUGAGGUUCUCAAGGCUGCCAUUGCCAAGUACGGCAAGAACCAAUGGGCGCGUAUAUCUUCUUUGCUGGUCCGCAAGACACCAAAGCAAUGCAAAGCUCGUUGGUAUGAAUGGUUGGAUCCCUCUAUAAAGAAGACAGAAUGGUCUAAGACGGAGGAUGAAAAGCUUUUACAUCUCGCAAAGUUAAUGCCCACGCAAUGGCGUACCAUAGCGCCAAUAGUUGGUCGGACAGCCACUCAGUGCCUCGAACGGUAUCAGAAGUUGUUGGAUGAAGCCGAAGCAAAAGAAAACGAGGAACUUGGGUUUACGGGGCCUUCUGGAGAUUCUGGACCGAGUGCUGACGACGUCCGCCGGCUCAGACCUGGAGAGAUCGACCCUGACCCAGAAACUAAGCCUGCACGGCCUGACCCUAUUGAUAUGGAUGAAGACGAAAAGGAAAUGUUGUCCGAGGCUCGAGCUCGUCUGGCAAAUACCCAAGGUAAGAAGGCCAAGCGGAAGGCUCGCGAACGUCAGUUAGAGGAAGCGCGGAGGCUUGCCGUACUUCAAAAGAAGCGUGAGUUGAAGGCGGCUGGAAUAAUAACACGUUCCAAAACCAAAAAGAAAGGCAUGGAUUACAAUGCCGAUAUACCUUUCGAGAAAAAGCCGGCCCCUGGUUUCUAUGACACGUCAGAGGAGCAGGCGCGUGUGGCCGCUGCACCUGUAGGCCAAAGUCUUCGACGGCUCGAAAACAAACCCCGAGAUGCACAGAUCCAGAAACUGAAAGAAGCCGAAUCAAUUGGCAGACGGCAGAAGUUGGUACUGCCUACAGCCCAGGUUGGUGAAGCCGAGUUGGAGGACAUAGUCAAGAUUGGCCUGGCAGGAGAGAAUGCAAAAUCACUGGUCAGCGGAGGAAGCGAAGCAAGUGGACGACUACUAAGCGACUACGAAGGCUUGGAAGGAGUUAGGAUGGCACGGACCCCCCGGACUGCCCCUCAACAGGAUAAUGUUAUGUCUGAGGCGCGAAACCUACGCAAUAUGACCAUUGCGCAGACACCCCUUCUCGGAGAGGAAAAUACGCCUCUGCACGCCGGACCUUCAGGUGGCACAGGAUUUGAAGGCGCUACUCCCCGGCAUCAGGUUGCGUUCACACCUAAUCCUCUAGCAACACCCCUCCGAGCCGGUGGUAAUAUCGCUGCGACACCGAGGGGCGACAUAGUUGCCGGGACACCGUUACGGACACCUUUACGAGACAAUCUAUCAAUCAAUCCCGAGGACUUUACUACAGUUGAAAGUACUUCUCGAGAGCAGCGGUUACGCCUUAACUCUUCGAAACGGGCGUUACAGGCAGGAUUCAUGAAUCUGCCCAAACCAGAAAACAACUUUGAAUUAAUGGUUCCGGAAGACGAGGAAGAGGCCGGGGACGUAGAUGCUUCCACACUCUCAGAGGUCGAUGCGGCCGAACGAGAUGCGCGACUCAAACGGAUGCAGGAGGAAGAAGAAAGGAAAAGCUUGGCUCGUCGAUCACAAGCAAUACGUUUAGGUCUACCAAGACCAGCUAAUGUCGAUGCAGAUGCGAUGCUACGCCGCCUCAAUAGCAUGGAAGGAGACGAGGCGGAGCAGCUUAUCAAUGCUGAACUCGCAAAGUUGCUGGAGCAUGAUUCCAUUGCAUUCCCGUUACCCUGGCACGCGCUUCACGAAGAAUUGGCGUCACUCGUAGGAUUUCCUAAUGCCAACCCCGAGCAAAUACGGGACGGUCUUAUGCGCCUAGCAAAAGCAGAUUCUUUUGAUGAUGACAGCCAGUCCUGGGCACAGAUCCGGAAGCGGCUGGUGUUUAACUCGUCAUCUGGCGAGUGGGUUGAGCCUUCAGAGCUAUCAACCGAGGAACGAGUCUCAGGGUACCAAGUUCUGAUGACGGAUGCUCGGGAAAUUAUGACUAAAGAUGCUGCCAAGGCAGCUAAAGUGGAGAAGAAGCUUGGCGUGACUCUAGGCGGCUAUCAGGCACGGUUUGCAGCAGUGUCGAAGCGAAUCACAGAUGCGUUUUCAGAGUUACAGAAGACGCAUCUGGAUUAUGAAAGUUUUGCACGUCUACGGAUUAACGAAGAGGCUACUGGUCCUCGCCGCGUCUCUGCUUUGAAGGAGGAGGUUGAAGUCCUUGCAAGACGCGAGCAGGGUCUACAAGAGCGAUAUGUGGAAUUGGUGAACGAGAAACGUGAAGCCGAAACUAGAGUAUCCGCAUUAGAGGAGAAGUUAAUGGCUGAAGCCGAGGAGUUGAAUGAGGCACAGCUGGCGGCAAUGGAAGAAUAG